GAACUAAUGGCCAUUACUAACCUUCAAGAUUUAGAAUCGCGCUUAGGACGUCUCAUUACACUUGAGGAGAAUUUCCGAGAGGCUCAUUCUCGCCUUGCAUACCUUCGGUCACAGCGGCGUAGGACAUUAACAGAAGCAGAGCAUGCUGAGCUGGAGGAACUGCCCGGGUCUAUGGUGGUCUUUGAAUCUACAAUUGAUGAGCUCGUAUCGGAGUUAGGUGGAGAGGACUUUCGAAACAUGCCGGAAGUUAAAGAUCCAUGUGCACGAGCUCGUUUCCGCAUUCGAUUGGCAAAGCAAAACUUGUACGAAGCGAAGGUGGCAGUUGUUGAACAUCAGAAGAAGUGGGACCAGCCUGGUAUCGGUACCACAAAUCAAGAACGGUACAAGUCAAUGAUGGUGAAGAAAGAGAAGACAUUGAAGCAAAAGUGGACUACUUACGAGCUUCACGUCAAUCAGUUUCAUACACGAUUCCCAGAUGAAGAACGAUUACAAUUGCCCAGUUUACAGGAGAUCACCCGACUAAGUCUUGAUGAUACGUUCUGGAACGUAGGUCAUUUGACCCAUCCUAACGAGCUUUGGGCCUCG